GGCUGCUUUUGUAAGAGUUUUACUUGAUGUCCAUUGUCCAAAGAACAAACUUUCACAUUGUUCCACAUCUAUACAAAGCAUCGAUUCAAAAGUGGCAUGAGAUUCUGAGGCUGUCGGCGUCGCUUAUUAGAGUUCUGCCAGCUCAUCACCGCCCUCACCAUAAAUAUUUGGCCCAGCUUUGUUGAGGUUUGUUCCCUCUUCCAUAAUAUUAUUCACAAACACCAAAUCUUUCAACUUCACUCAUAGAAAUGUCUUCAGUUCCUCCUGUUUAUAUUGUCUCCGCUGUGAGAACGCCCAUUGGUUCCUUCUUGGGUUCCCUCUCUAGCAAGAGUGCUACUGAGCUAGGUGGCAUCGCCAUCAAGGCUGCCGUUGAGCGUGUACCAGAGAUCAAGCCAGAAGAUGUUGAGGAGAUCUUCUUCGGCAAUGUUUUGUCUGCAAACUUGGGCCAAAACCCUGCUCGUCAAUGUGCUAUUGCUGGAGGACUCACUGAAGGCGUAGUCUGUACUACCGUCAACAAAGUUUGUGCUUCUGGAACCAAGGCGAUCAUUCUCGCUGCUCAGACAAUCAUCACAGGCAACGCCGAUAUUGUUGUAGCUGGUGGUACAGAGUCUAUGUCUAAUGUUCCUCACUACCUCCCAACCCUCCGAAAUGGUGCCAAAUAUGGCGACCAAACUUUGGUAGAUGGUGUUCUCAAGGAUGGUCUCACUGAUGCCUACAACAAGAAGGAGCACAUGGGAAUGGCUGCUGAAGAGUGCCACGUUGAUCACGACAUUAGCAGAGAGCAGCAAGAUGAGUAUGCUAUCAAUUCAUAUCAAAAGGCCCAAAAGGCAACCGAAGCUGGCCUUUUCAAGACCGAGAUCGUUCCAGUGGAAGUUAGCGGUGGCCGUGGAAAGCCUAAUGUCAAGGUUGAGAGAGAUGAUGAGGUCAAGAAUUUGAACAUUGAGAAGCUCAAGGCUAUGAGACCAGCUUUCUUGCCAAAUGGAGGAACCGUCACCGCACCAAACGCUGCACCACUUAACGAUGGUGCUUCAGCUCUUGUUCUCGUCUCGGAAGCUAAGUUGAAGGAACUUGGUCUUAAGCCUUUGGCAAAGAUCCUCGGUUGGGGUGAUGCAGAAAAAGCUCCAAGCAAAUUCACCACCGCACCAUCAUUGGCUAUCCCUAAAGCUUUGAAGCACGCCAAGAUCGAUGCUUCAGCUGUUGAUUAUUACGAGAUCAACGAGGCUUUCUCCGUUGUUGCUUUGGCAAAUAUGAAGAUCCUCGGAUUGGACGAAUCCAAGGUCAACAUCAACGGAGGUGCUGUCGCUAUCGGACAUCCUCUUGGUUGUUCCGGAGCUAGAAUCGUCACCACAUUGGUGAAUGUGUUGAGAGAGCAAAAGGCAAAGAUUGGUGUUGCCGGUAUUUGCAACGGCGGUGGUGGAGCAUCUGCUCUUGUCAUUGAAUCUUUACAGUAAACCAUUUAUGAGAAAUUGCUUGAUGAUUUGAAUUUGGAUGGUACAUAUUGGGAGUAUCAUAGAGCAUAACUGGCGAUAAAGCAUAGCAUAAUAGACUUGAGUUUGGCAAAUGUCCCUCGAGACAAUUCAUAAUACCCAUAAACUUUUUGAUACA